AUGGCAAGUCUGGAGAAGCAGGGUGAGAUGGAGGUGUGGCCAGGCCUGUAUACACACCUCACCUCCCAGCUGAUGGCCCUGGCGCGGGGCAAGGUGGUGCUGGUGCUGGAGGUGUGGCCAGGCCUGUACGCACACCUCACCUCCCAGCUGAUGGCCCUGGCGCGGGGCAAGGUGGUGCUGGUGCUGGAGGUGUGGCCAGGCCUGUACACACACCUCACCUCCCAGCUGAUGGCCCUGGCGCGGGGCAAGGUGGUGCUGGUGCUGGAGGUGUGGCCAGGCCUGUACGCACACCUCACCUCCCAGCUGAUGGCCCUGGCGCGGGGCAAGGUGGUGCUGGUGCUGGAGGUGUGGCCAGGCCUGUACACACACCUCACCUCCCAGCUGAUGGCCCUGGCGCGGGGCAAGGUGGCGCUGGUGCUGGAGGUGUGGCCAGGCCUGUACACACACCUCACCUCCCAGCUGAUGGCCCUGGCGCGGGGCAAGGUGGUGCUGGUGCUGGAGGUGUGGCCAGGCCUGUACACACACCUCACCUCCCAGCUGAUGGCCCUGGCGCUGGGCAAGGUGGCGCUGGUGCUGGAGGUGUGGCCAGGCCUGUACACACACCUCACCUCCCAGCUGAUGGCCCUGGUGUGGGGCAAGGUGGUGCUGGUGCUGGAGGUGUGGCCAGGCCUGUACACACACCUCACCUCCCAGCUGAUGGCCCUGGCGCGGGGCAAGGUGGUGCUGGAGGUGACCAGUCUGACCUCACCCAAACAUUGUGGCAGGAACUGAGCACCACACAUCCACACACUGGGUGGGUGGUGCCUGCCGUCCAGGCCAAGAGUGCCGCCCACACCCUCAGUGCCUUGCUGGGCCACCACUGCCCCCCUGCUGGACCCCCCUGCAGCCAUCACCAAGCCUUCAGGAGACACUGCUGAGCCUGGUGUAUGUCCAACGGGCACACUGGCGCUGCUUCCAGUACCAGGGGUCCUUAUGCCAGCAGGAGGUGUGGGGCGAGGCUGACCCCAGCACCUUCACCCCGAGCCUCUCCUUCCAAGGCCUGGUGGGUGUCUGGCCCUUACGCCUCCAGACCAGA